AUGAUGGUCAGCGGAUGCCCCCUAGCGCCACUGUAUACACUGAGGAAAGACUAUAAAGUGUAUGAGGACCCCAUCGCUGGACCUCCUGUUAGAUCUGUGUGCGGAGCAGUGGUAUCGUACAACCAGCACCUAUCUUAUCUUAUAAGUUCAAUACCGACUGAGGUGUGGAGAGGUGAAGCCAGUGUGUGUAUGAGUACCGAGGAGAUGGCGGCAGGAAUAAGAGAAGUGAACGAGAUGAAGCUUGAAGAAGACCUUAUCAUUGGAUCAGCUGAUCUGAAAGUACCACAGAUACAAAUAACACAAACUAACCNNNNUCAAACGGGAAGCGAAGACAGUAUUUUUACUCGGAUUUCAGAAUUCACAAUGACAUCCACGUCACGUGGUCUUUUAUGCGUAGUAGUCUUGGUGGUUAUAGUUGAUUUAUCAAAUGCAUUAAGUCAAAAAGUUGUUGAGUGCGAUGGCGUGAAGUUGAUUAAAAUGGGUUGCUACAAGGAUGAUCAAAAGAAGCCCCGUCCACUACCAGAGCUGAUGUUCACAGAUCGUGACGUCAAGGAUUCACGUUAUAGUGGUGUUCGCAUAAACUGGAAGAAAUGGGACAUAUACAUGGAGGGUCUAAUCUGUAGAUGUGCCUGGAAAGCACUAAAGAAGAAGUACAACCUGAUUGGUCUACAGCACUACGGGGAGUGUUGGUCCGGCGAAAACAGCAAAACUUCUAACUAUCCAAGAUCUGGACCUUCUUCAUUUUGUAUCAACGGGAAAGCCAAAAAGUGCUCACGUGGGGUUGACUGUGUUGGCGAAGAUAAUACGAACUUUAUUUAUAGAGUUGUAGACGAUGACCCAAAGCCUACACCAAGGCCAACUCAACGACCGUCAACCCCCCGCCCAACAAAACCACCUACACCCAAACCAACACCUCCAUCCACCCCAGCAACCACACCUAAACGACCAACCACCCCACCCCAGUUUCCUACAACUGGGGGAUCAGGCACUAGUACUGCUCGACCAAAACCACAACCGACUCAAGCUCCAGCCCCAUGUGUUUCAUCAGUACCUGCUGCAAUGGGCUGCCAACAACCAGUACCUCAGUGCCUCUAUCCACCAUGUAUGCAGGCACCUCCGGUAGUACCUCAAAUGAUACCUGCUGUUCAUCCCAAUGCUAAUGGUUGUGGAAAAUCUGGUGUCCCUUGCCCUGGUAAAGAAAAAGACCACAAACUUCCAUCCUUGGAUGAUUCCACUGAAGAAGAUUUCGAUGAUGAUGAUGAUGAUGAUGAUGAUGAUAGAAACAGCUCAUGAUAAACGAUUUUAUUCAGCUGUUCGAACAGAAUAUAUAUUAACUAGACGAUCAGCGAUCGUUUACAUGGGCUUCCUGUGGUAUAUUACAAUCAGUAAAUGAUAUCGA